AUGCAGCAGUUUGUCAAGAUGACAGAGGCGCCGGCGCAGGUCAAUCAACAGCUGCCGGAAAACACCUUCCCGUGCGAAAGCACAGCUGGAAGGUAG